ACCGCCUCCCCGCGCUGCCGGGCUGCAGCGAGCGCACAGCGCCGGCCCCGCCACAGGAGCGGAGCCCCGCGCCCGCAGGAUGCUGGAGGGCGGCUGCAAGGCGCUGAAGGAGGGCGUGCUGGAGAAGCGCAGCGACGGGCUGCUGCAGCUCUGGAAGAAGAAGCGCUGCAUCCUCACCGAGGAGGGGCUGCUGCUCGUGCCGCCCAAGCCGCCGCCGCCGCCGCCCGAGCCCGCGCAGCCGGGCGCCGCCGAGCCGGGCGCGGCCAAGGUGAAGGAGCUGCACUUCUCGCGCAUGAAGACGGUGGACUGCGUGGAGCGCAAGGGCAAGUACGUCUACUUCACCGUGGUGAUGGCCGAGGGCAAGGAGAUCGACUUCAGGUGCCCGCAGGAGCAGGGCUGGAACGCGGAGAUCACGCUGCAGCUGGUGCAGUACAAGAACCGGCAGGCCAUCCUGGCCGUGCGCUCCACCCGCCAGAAGCAGCAGCACCUGGUGCAGCAGCACGGGCCCCGCCUGCGCAGCGCCUCCAACUCCGCCUAGCCCGCCCAGGUUGAACUAAAGAAGCCCUCCAGGCAAGAGGAUUGAACGCAGUCCCCCUUGUGAGCAUAUCAGUCGCUUGAUCAAAAAACCUGGCAAACAAAAGAGAGCUCAUAGACUGGAGAGCUUCUGUUCGGCCACCUGAAAAUGCCAACUACUUUUCUGCACAAUCCCAUCCUUGUUGCAGGGAAGCAUUUAAAGUCAUAUAGACUCCAACUAUUAUUUAAGAACCUUGGAAAGGCUCAUCUGGCUUGACAAGACUCCUAGAAGACUCCUAGAACAUAUGACGUACUGUAACUUUAUUUUAAUGUAUUUUAUUUCAUGAUUAUUUAUUAGGGAUUCUUCUUUUGAGGCUUGUUUUGAAAGACAUUUCUGAAUGUAGGCCAUUGUCCAAACAACAAAAAUCAAAAUUCAGAGAACAUGCGUAGCUUCCUAACUUAUUGAAACCUUUGGAAGGGAGGGCGGAGAGAGAAAAGGGAGAAGGUUGUUGGAAAAGCCAUGAUUUAUAUGACCAUGGGUUUUUUUCACAUGCAGUUCUACAAGAUUUUUUUAUUUGUACCUACAAGAUUAUUUUAGAAAUGUUUUUUAAGGUUACCAAGGAAAAUAUAACAUGCAGUUUAGGAUCUGGAUAACAAUCUUCAUGCACAAGACAACUAUUCUCUCCAAGGAAAGCAAUGUUUUGGAACCCAAUUUGAAGGUGGUGUGUGUGCUUAUAGAUGCAUAUUUUUAAGCAUGCCCCUGGAAGAGGAGUAUUAAAUUUGAUACUCUGUUUGACUACACGGGGAAAAAAUGAAUAUUGAUUGUUGCUAGAGAAGUUAAACAGUGAUAUUUUGUUACUUGUAAAAGUUAAAAAGGAAAAUCUGACUAACUUGUUUAUUGUUCUGAUUAAUAUUUUGUCCAAUUAAUACUAUCCGUUUCUGCACCUGUUCAUAUUAUGAUAUGAAAAUGGUGUAGGAGUUGAAAUAUUUAUUACAAUUUCUCUGCAUCUGAGUUCAGGUUUUUUCCAUACCCAGCAUUUCUGAAAGGGUCACGUUUGUGCCUGUAAAUACACUUUUGUGACAGAUUUUAAAUGCCUUGCAUUGGAAUUGCUCUUAGUUUAAAGCCCAUCUUGUAUAUGUCUAGAAGUGUUCAAACAGAUCAUUUUAGCCAUCAUUUUCAUAAACUGCAAGUUGCUCUAUUGCUUAGAGAAACUGAAUUAUUUCGGUGCAUAUUGCUACCAGCUGAUUGGAAGUGUUUGCAGUCGUGUUCAUAAUAUGUUAAUGAAACUGAAAUGGUAGAAAACAAAAGGACUGAGCAUCCAAUUGGUGCAUGUUCCUGCUAUCAUUAAGGGCUCACCCAGAAAAGUAAACUACACAAACCCAUGUGCUUAACUUGCUUUUCUGGAUCAGUCCUCACCACUGAAAUGGACAAUGUUGCUCCUGUAAGUUUUAUGUGGUGGUUUGCCACCCAGUUCACGCUGCUGUAACUGAAGUCCUUUGUUUUUUUUUAAAUACAUAGUGGAGUUCUCUUUUGAAACAGAUCAUGAAGCAUGGCCUGUUAUCUUUGAGUCAAGGGAAAUACUUCUUUCUGUCAACAUAUUAGGGAAAUUGCUCUGGCUAAUUGCAAGCUACACAAAUGUAAAUAAAAUCUUAUAAAUGAAAAGUUCUAAUGGGAUUUUAUAAAUAGGAAAUGGGUGCAGUUUUAAAAUGUUGCAUAAUUAAUUCAUACUAGUGGUGUAGUAUGUAAAAAGCACAUCAAAGAAAAGAUGAAUGUGACAUGCCUAGUGAAAGUUUAAAAACAGUGAGGGGGAUCUUUCAGUUUACUCCCCACCCUAAAUAGGGUCCCAGCCCUCAAGAGCCUGCCUGCAUUCUGAUUACAUGAGGGUACAGAGCAUCUUGAAGGAUGAACAAAAUGAUAUAUAAAUUAGGCUUGAUCCUGUGAACAUUUUUAAGCAUGUAAGUAGUUCCAUUAAUAUUCAUGUGAGUAGUUCCAAUGAAAAAGUGACAUCCUGGAAAAUGUUAUGUGAACAGAUGGCCCUACCCAGCUUUGGGAUCAGGCUUUUUUUGUGAGGCAGAUAUGCAAUUGUCCUAAAAAUGCUAUUACUUUGAGGUUAAACUAAACUGAGGGUCUCGGCUCCUAGUAAGACUGGACCCUCAACUUUGAGCAAAGGGAGAAAGAAAAUGGAAAAGAAAAAAAUCCUGCAAUCACUGGUUUUCACAGUUUGGCACAUUUCCUGUCUCCGUUCUCACUCUGAGAUGAUGGAGCUGGAAGUUUGCUGAUUAGGUACUCAAACUCACAAAAGAUACUGUUAAUUUGUUCCUUUAAAACCACUGUCCUUUAUUAUGCCAGACAUCCAACUUUUAAAAAAUGCCUUUUGUUUUGUGGUCAAAACUUUUUAAGACUCAUUAAAUAAGGUUUAUUGGUCAGCUAAUAACCUACUUUUUCAGAAAUGCUACGUAUAAAAUCUUAACAGUUCAUUGACCAGAAUAUGUACUCACUCUAGGAGAGAAUUCAUGUAAUUGUUAAAUGUAUGUCUUCAUGGGAUCUGAGAGAGAAAUUCUCCAAGAGAGUCGAGUCUUCCUACUUCAAACAAGCCUGGUCUAAAGCCUACUGAAGCAAAUGGAAGUCUUUCCACUGACUUCCAUUGAUUUUUGGAUUGGGCCUAAAUCAGGAAUGCUGUUUGUUUUCAAAGCACACACUUCUGGGAAAACAUCAAGAAAAUUUUGGAAAGUUUUCAACAAUGUGUAACUGAUAAAGGGCAAGAACUUAAAAUUAAAGUUAUUUAUAUUUAGCUCACACUUACUCACACUUACACCCAGUUCAAGAUCAGUCAGUGCCCAUUUUCUUGUUGCAUUUUUUGGCUUAUAUUGGUAUGAAACAUACUCUGAUCACUUACUUUCAAUAUAAUAAUUUGCAUUAUGAACAAAUGUUUUGCUAUAUGUUGUUGCCAAACAUGUUCCCUUUUACUUGCUGAGAGUCCUGAAAAUGCUGAGAUCAGCCAAAUGUCUGCCAUGAUGGAUGAUUGCAUUUUAAAGUCCCCUUUGAGUCAGUGGCAGCCUUGACGGCAUAAAUGGAAGGGGUUAAUGUGUACAUCCUUCUCUCUUCUAAUGGCUGUCUCUUCAAAACAGGAUUGAAGCAAGUUUAGGUGGGGGCAUGGUGAAGGCAGCUCCUACCUGACCAGUGUAAAUAAGACUUACUUUCCUAUGGUGUUCAAUCUGGCAAUGUUCUCAAGUUCUAAAUUCACUAUGGGUUUUUUGGAGUUUUUCAGGUGGGGGGAGCAUUGAGAACAGUAGCAAUUUUAUACCAAAAUUUUCCGUUUUUGACUUUGAUAAUGAUGUUUUGUUUUGUUUUGUGUUUUUUCUCCUUCCUGGAAUAUCUUCUCUGAAUCUAUUUUGUGAAAUAUUGUCUAUCAUUGGCAUGUUCUUGGUAAGCAACCGCCACUAAAAUAGGUCCAGUGCGUUCUGCAUCAUCAGUGGUAGAGCAACAUGCAUAAUCUUCUGUGAGGUUCAUAAGGAAAAUAACUGUGUUGGCCUCUCCUUUUAUGUGCGUGUGUGUGUGUGUGUGUUGGAGCGGGAUUGAGAGAACAAAGGACUCCAAUUUAACAGGAAAUAAACUAUGAUGCCAAUAAAAACUCAAAGUGCUCGAUUUAGCUAGUAGUGACAUGGAAACCUGCUUAAUGAAGGAGGUCAAUGUGUGUCUUGGUAAAGACAGUGAAAACUGAAUAAGGAGCAAGCUGGAUUCAGCAAGGAAAUCCAAGCUCUGCUGAGCCAUUCUGUAUCUCAGCAUUCAGCAGAAAGAUCAAAGACGACAUUAUUCUGUUACAUCCUGAAGUAACUGCUUUUCUUUAAAGUUCAUGAUAUGCAAAUGCCAGCUUCUGAAAAAUCAGCUGCAGUGAUGUACCAAAUGUUUUUUAGCAUAUCCUGUUGUGAGCAGAAAUAUCAGUGGUUUGUCAAACAAAUUUGUGUGUAAAUAUGACUCAUAAAUAAUUUCUGAGAGAUAUGAUUUAUUUUUCAUAUUUUUCAAAAUGCAUUCCAUUUCCAAUAAAGAGGUAUCUAUUGAAAUAAA